UUUGUUUCUUAGAUCUUCUGUCUGGAUCGUUAUUUGUUGAAGAAAAACGUUGUCAUUAUCAGUUUUGCAUUCACUAGGCUUAGCUUUUAAACCAAUGUGCACUGAAAAUCACUCUCUUUUUUUGCCGGAAAAUCAUAUUCUUUUUUUUUUUAGGUUCAAUUGAUCUUUGGACAAAGCUUAUUAUGAUUCAAACUUGUUCCUUCUAGUUUUGUCUUUUAUUAGGUAUAUAAUAUUCACUCAGAAUGUUUCUUUCUAACCCAACAAUGAUUUUGAAUUUGAGCAUCUUCAGAACUUCAAGAGUUUUUGUGCUUUGAGACGUAUGAGAAUUUGAGAAUUUCGGGGAUCUGUGUUUGUGAACCAUCUCUUGGUUUUUCUAGAAAGUUCGUAGCUUUCGAGGAUUUAUCUAUUAGAGUAGAAUUUUUCUUUUAAAAACUUUUUACGGGGAUCUAUCUGGUCGGUUUCACUUUAACACUUUGCUUAGAUUUGUAACAAAUUGGUUUGCAUUAUUCUAUUACUAUUUUCAUUAUAUAGUAUUAGCACUGAAACGUCCCUUUGUGUGUCAUUCACUUUACUUGAAGCUUUAAUUAUUCUUCUUCUGCAGCAGCCUAAACCCGUCUCUGUUAUUAACUUUCUGAGGUUUCUUUCUUUCUUUCUGUUUCUUGCAGCUCAAAAGAGAUGGAUUCUUCUCACUGCUUUGCCACUGGGAAAAGCAGUUCUGUCUUGCCAAAACUUACUUUCAAGAAUGUGGACAGCAACAAGUUUUGGGGUGAAAAGAUCAAAAGCAAUGGUUUCUUUAAACGUUUUGCUUCAGAUUUGAACUCCAACAAGUUUGGGAAUCGAAAGUUCAAGCACAGUAGUGUUGUUUACGCUGUUGCCACUUCAAAGAAUCCUAACGAAGCUAUGAUAGUAAAGCCUUCCAUGUUUGAGAAAAGAAAGGCAGAUCCCAAAAACGUGGCUGCAAUCAUUCUAGGAGGAGGCAAUGGAGCUCAACUCUUCCCUCUUACUAAGAGAGCCGCCACACCAGCUGUUCCUGUUGGUGGAUGCUAUAGACUGAUCGAUAUCCCGAUGAGUAACUGCAUUAACAGCUGCAUCAACAAGAUAUUCGUGCUGACACAGUUCAACUCGGCUUCCCUCAACCGACACUUAGCACGUACUUACUUUGGGAAUGGUAUCAACUUUGGAGGUGGUUUCGUUGAGGUUCUUGCUGCUACACAAACACCAGGGGAAGCUGGGAAGAAGUGGUUUCAAGGAACAGCUGAUGCUGUCAGAAAAUUUCUUUGGGUGUUUGAGGAUGCCAAGAACAGGAACAUAGAGAACAUACUUAUUUUGUCUGGAGAUCAUCUCUAUAGAAUGAACUACAUGGACUUUGUUCAGUCUCAUGUAGAUAGUAACGCUGAUGUUACUCUUUCCUGCGCACCAGUCAGCGAAAGCCGUGCAUCGAACUUUGGUUUAGUGAAGAUUGAUAGAGGUGGGCGUGUAACCCACUUCUCUGAGAAACCAACUGGUGUUGAUCUGAAAUCAAUGCAAACGGACACAACAAUGCUUGGACUAUCUCAUGAAGAAGCUACAGAUUCUCCAUACAUUGCAUCAAUGGGAGUUUAUUGUUUCAAAACCGAAGCUUUGCUGGAUCUUUUGACACAACAGUAUCCGACUUCCAACGACUUUGGAUCUGAGGUUAUUCCUGCUGCCAUAAGAGAUCAAGAUGUUCAAGGAUACAUAUUCCGAGAUUACUGGGAAGAUAUUGGAACUAUAAAGACUUUCUAUGAGGCUAACCUAGCUCUUGUUGAUGAGAGACCAAAGUUUGAGUUCUAUGAUCCAGACACACCGUUCUACACUUCUCCACGGUUCCUCCCACCAACAAAAACUGAGAAAUGCCGUAUGGUAGAUUCGAUAAUCUCACACGGAUGUUUCAUGCGAGAAUGCAGCGUCCAACGCUCCAUCAUUGGAGAAAGGUCACGUCUUGACUAUGGAGUUGAGCUUCAGGAUACGUUGAUGUUAGGUGCAGAUUAUUACCAAACUGAAUCUGAGAUUGCAUCUCUGUUAGCGGAAGGAAAGGUUCCAAUUGGUAUUGGUCAAGAUACAAAGAUCAGGAAAUGCAUCAUUGACAAGAAUGCCAAGAUUGGUAAAAACGUGAUCAUCAUGAACAAAGGCGAUGUUCAAGAAGCGGAUAGGCCAGAGGAAGGAUUCUACAUUCGGUCUGGAAUCACUGUGGUUGUCGAGAAGGCUACAAUUCAAGAUGGUACUGUUAUAUGAAUGGAGCCUUGAACUAUUUGAAAUGCCAAAGCAACAAUCUAGCCGGAGAUUCUAUUCGCUUUUUGGCGGGGAGAUUUUAAACGAGAGAGCUUGGAUCUUUGAAUGUAAAACUUAGAAAAAGGGGUCAGGUCAAGUUUAGCUAAUCUUUUUAAUACUACAAUCAGAGAUGGCCAGUCACUUUUUUUUUUCCUGUAUUAUGAACCUUUUGACGAUUCUCUUCAUAAUAUUAAAAAUUAAACA